AUGGCAAAAGAAACCAACGCCAAAGAGAAUGACACGAAAGUGAAACAACUGAACGCCAAAGAGAAUGACACGAAAGUGAAACAACUGAACGCCAAAGAGAAUGACACGAAAGUGAAACAACUGAACGCCAAAGAGAAUGACAUGAAAGUGAAACAACCAUGA